GGUUUAAAUACGUUGCUAGGCUAAUGCGGCUUGCUCAAGAAGAGUUGGAGAAAUAUAUUUUGUUUUCUUCAUAAGAUGUGAUAACAGUGAUUUGUUCUGUUCACUUCUAUUGGAUUCACAGGAGAAACUAUGGACAGAUCUUCCAGCAGACCUUCUUCACAGCAUAUCAUCCCAACUCAUUGCAGCAGAUUUUGCUGCCUUUCAAGCUGUUUGCAAGUCCUGGAAAUCAUCAACAAACUCUUUUGCAGUUUUCCCACCCUGUUUGAUGUUCAGCAACUCUCUUCAUCAUCCGAUAUGCAAUUCCAUUGUUGGUGUCGACAUCUAUGACUUGCCUAAUGAUGGCUGCACCCGCUCUUCAAAUUAUAGUUGGUUGCUAAUGAAUACAUCCCACUACUACAUGUGCUUCUUCAACCCCUUUACGAAUGUCAAAGUUGAGUUACCACGUCUUGCUGUGGCCGGUCCACUAUACGGUUUCUCUUUCUCCGCUCCCCCUACUUCCCCUGAUUGCACAAUCUUCUGCAUGACCUCGUUCAACUAUGGCAAGAUAAAUUUUUUCAUUCUCAAACGAGGAGAAGAGGAAUGGACCGUACGAGAAUUUGACAGGCCUGAAGAUUACGACUCAUAUUAUUGUGACUCCUUAUUGUACAAGGGGAAUUACUAUUGUUUGGGCGGAUAUGGAGACCUCGUCAUUUAUGAUGUCGAGAAGGAUGGACCGCGUUGGAUCAACUCCGCGACCACUUUUCUUCAAAACCGUCUCUCUAAUAAGCGUUGCCAGAGUUUCAUGGCGGAAAGUGAUGGAGAAUUGUUGGCGGUGUUCAUGAGUUGUGACGGGGAAUGGGUUCAAGUCUGUAAGCUUGAUGAAUCCAGAAUGAUUUGGGUGCCUGUGCAUAAUUUAGGAGAUAAGACACUCUUUAUUAGUCAUCCAGCAACAUUUGCUGAAACAAUCUCAGUCAGAGGUAAUACAGGGAACAAGAUUUACAUGCCUUGGUUUAAUGGCAACGACAACAAAUGCCUGUUUUACUCUCUGGAUACUAGAAAAUAUCAUUGCUUUGGUAGUUCUCGUUCCUAUAAAACUUUGUAUGGAUUAAGAAGACCUUCUUCUAAUACUUGGAUCAAGCCUAUGUCUGAUUUGACAUGUAAUUCGCCAUUUACGUGGUGAAUUGAUCAUAAAUAAAAACUUAAGUACUUUUAGCUUCCAAUGCAAAGUUCAUUUAAUUUUAUUGUACCUUGUGAUCAUUAAUUCUAAAGUUUGAGUGGGUGACAGAGGCCUAAUAUAUGGGUUUAAUUGUUGUGUAUUGCCUAUUUAAAAGAA